AUAUCAACUCACCCAAAACGACGCGUACCAAACGGGAGAAAAAGUCAAGACUCGAAAUCAAUCCAAACAAAGCCUAAUAAUAUUCUUCCCUUCUUUCCUCACUCGUCGUCUGUCUUCCUCUGCUUCCUAACAAAAAUCCCCAAUUCCACUCUUCUAAAUCCCCAAUCAAACACGAUCUCGAAACCCUAAUUCGAUCCCAUAAACAAAAGAACAACAAAAAGAUCGAUCGAUGUGGGCUGCUUCGUGCCUUGCGUCAUGCUGCGCGGCCUGCGCAUGCGACGCUUGCAGGACCGUCGUUUCGGGGAUCAGCCGUCGUUCAGCCAGGAUCGCUUACUGCGGUCUCUUCGCUCUCUCUCUCGUCGUUGCUUGGAUCCUCCGCGAAGUCGCUGCUCCUCUCAUGGAGUCUAUCCCCUGGAUUAAUCAUUUCAAACAAACUCCGAGCCGUGAGUGGUUUGAGACUGACGCAGUUCUUCGUGUUAGCUUGGGAAAUUUUCUAUUUUUCACUAUUCUGGCUACUCUAAUGAUUGGUGUCAAAACUCAGAAGGAUCCUCGUGAUGGCUUGCACCAUGGGGGUUGGAUGAUGAAAAUCAUCUGUUGGUGCCUUAUGGUUAUCUUUAUGUUCUUCCUUCCAAACGAGAUCAUCAGCUUUUAUGAAACAAUAUCAAAGUUUGGUUCGGGUAUGUUUCUUCUUGUUCAAGUUGUGCUCUUGUUGGAUUUUGUUCAUGGAUGGAAUGACAAAUGGGUUGGAUUUGAUGAACAAUUCUGGUAUGUUGCUUUAUUUGUUGUUUCGCUUGUUUGCUAUGUGGCCACAUUUGUGUUCUCGGGAGUUCUCUUUCACUUCUUCACGCCAUCUGGGCAAGACUGUGGAAUCAAUAUCUUUUUUAUUUCUAUGACCUUGAUGCUUGCAUUUAUUUUUGCCAUAGUAGCUUUGCAUCCUUCAGUUAAUGGAAGUGUUUUGCCUGCUUCGGUAAUAUCAUUAUAUUGCACUUAUCUGUGCUAUAGUGCACUGGCUAGUGAACCCAGAGAUUACGAGUGCAAUGGUCUUCACAAACACUCAAAAGCUGUUUCCACUGGCACUCUUACUUUGGGAUUAGUCACAACAGUUCUAUCAGUUGUGUAUUCUGCUGUGCGUGCUGGAUCUUCCGCCACAGUGCUUUCUCCACCAAGCUCUCCUCGUGCCGGGAAGCCUUUGCUUCCUUUGGAUGUUAAGGAGGAAGAAAGUAAUGAGAAAGCAAAGCCAGUUACAUAUUCAUAUGCCUUCUUCCACUUGAUUUUCUCUCUUGCUAGCAUGUAUUCUGCAAUGCUUCUGACAGGUUGGUCUACCUCUGUUGGAGAGAGUGGUAAGUUGGUUGACGUGGGGUGGCCUUCAGUUUGGGUUCGGAUUGUCACUUGCUGGGCAACUGCCCUGCUAUACUUAUGGUCUCUUGUAGCUCCUAUCAUGUUCCCAGAGAGGGAGUUUUGAGUGCUUUGCACCUCAAUUUCUCAUGCCUGAGGAAUAUUGUGUGUAACCUGUGACUUUUAUGUAUUCGGUUGCAGUUUUGCUGGCUGCAUAUAUUAUGAUAAAUGAUAUGCAUCUAUAUCCACAUCCACAUAUACAGUAAAAAAGUGUUAUGAAUAUGACAAUUCCAAUUGCCAUGUUUUCAAUUGUAUAGUGAGAUUUGUACCCUAAAUAAAUAUGUUUGCAUCUUCUAUAUCA